CAGUAAGCUGAAUUCAAUAAUGCGGGGCACUGUUCGUGGUCCCCUCCAAAACUUUGGCGGCGGCAACCGUAACGCUCCAUCAAAUUCCCGUUUCACUGCGCGUAGUGUGCCACAACCGCUCAGGAGGAGCGCACCAGUCAUGUUCCCCGAUAGCCGGGGCGUGAGCCCCUCGAUUAUGUCCGAGGUUGCAAGCUAUGUCCUCGAGCUAUGGCACGAACACAGGAUCCCGAUCAUCAUGUCGACGCUGUUCGUGCUCAGCCUGCUGCGCAUAUACCUCCACUCGACAGAGAAGAGGGAGAAACUGCUUGUGAUCCCAAAAAUCUAUGAGAAAGUUCCACCCAAUCUUGUUGCCGGCGCGGAGAAGAAAUCGAAGACAGAGGUCAGAAAAGACGAUUCUGAGGGCUCAGAGAGCACCGGUACUGGGAACGAAAAGUGGAGAGCGAAAGACGGACCGAGAAGGAUAAAAGGCAAUGCUAGUAGGAAGGCGCGCAGCCGCGCGGAGUCAGGGCGCGAGGCGCGAAGGAUCCAGGUGCUGGUGUUCUUCUCAUCCCUGACGGGAAGCACGGAGAAGAAUACACAGUUGCUUGCGCAAGAGUUGGCCACCGCUCUAGGGUGUACCGCCGAGGAGGAAUCGGGUCGCACAUUUCUACCCCCGCGGGUGCUAGACCUGGCCGAAGUCGACUACGACGAGUACUUCAUCGCGCCGCCCAAGCCCGAGAGCGAGCAGACGGAUUAUUUUUACCUCUUUGUCAUCCCUAGCUACAACAUCGACAGCAUAAACGACAACUUCCUUGAGCAUCUGCGGGAAACACACCACGACUUCCGCAUUGACACCUCCCCGCUUGCCCCGAUUUUGGGAUACUCUGUGUUUGGAUUUGGCGACAGAGAGGGCUGGCCGACCGAAGACGAAGGGUUCUGUUUCCAGGCUAAGGAGGUUGAUAAGUGGAUGGCGAAGCUCAGUGGGCGGAAGCGCGCGUAUCCCCUGGGAAUGGGCGACUGGAAGAGGGAUGGCAAGCAGAGAUUGUCAGAGUGGAGGACCGGGCUGGUGGAUGUGCUCAAGCAGGUGGCGCAGACGGGAAGUCUUGGCGAUGGCGUACCUGGUUCGGGAGACCCGAUCGAAAGCGAAGAUGAAGGGGAAGCGGAAGACGACGGUGAAGUGCUGGAGGAGACCGUCGAUGCCAAAGGCGCGAAAAGAAGUUCUGGCGGCAUUGAGGAUGUGGAAGACAUUGGCCGGAUCAUGGAGCUGUCCCGGGCAGACGGUUCUCGCGAGAAAUCGGCGGGCCCGCUCGCCAUUGAUUUUACCACGGAAGGGAAGUCGGCGACCAAGAAGAGUGUCACUGUUGCCAUAAAGGAGAUGGUACCGAAGAACUCACCCACUUAUACGGCCCUCACGAAGCAGGGCUACUCGAUCGUUGGCUCCCACUCAGGGGUCAAGAUUUGUCGCUGGACAAAAUCAGCCCUCCGCGGCCGGGGGUCCUGCUACAAAUUCUCGUUUUACGGCAUCAACUCGCACCAGUGCAUGGAAACAACGCCGUCUCUUUCCUGCUCGAACAAAUGCGUCUUCUGCUGGCGCCACGGCACCAACCCGGUCGGCACGACCUGGCGGUGGGUUGUCGACCCUCCGCAGCUCAUAUUCGACGGCGUCAAGGAGAACCACUACAAGAAGAUCAAGAUGAUGCGGGGCGUGCCGGGCGUGCGGGCGGAGCGCUUCGCCGAGGCGAUGCGCAUCCGGCACUGCGCGCUGUCGCUGGUCGGCGAGCCCAUCUUCUACCCACACAUCAACGAGUUCCUGGGCCUGCUGCACGGCGAGCGCAUCUCGUCCUUCCUCGUCUGCAACGCGCAGCACCCGGACCAGCUGGCCGCCCUGCAGCACGUCACGCAGCUGUACGUCAGCAUCGACGCGUCGAACCGCGAGUCGCUGCGCCGCAUCGACCGCCCGCUGCACCGCGACUUCUGGGAGCGCUUCCAGCGCUGCCUCGACAUCCUCCGCGAGCGCCGCUUCCGCCAGCGCACCGUCUUCCGCCUGACGCUGGUCAAGGGGUUCAACAUCGAGGACGAGGUCGAGGGGUACGCCGACCUGGUCGAGCGGGGCCUGCCGUGCUUCGUCGAGGUGAAGGGCGUCACGUACUGCGGCACGUCGUCGUCGAGCAGCGCCGGGCUGACCAUGGCCAACGUGCCCUUCUACCAGGAGGUGUGCGACUUCGUCGUGGCGCUUGAGAAGGCGCUGCUGAAGCGGGGCCUGCAGUAUGGCAUCGCGGCGGAGCACGCGCACAGCUGCUGCAUCCUGCUCGCCAGCGAGCGGUUCCGAGUGGACGGGAAGUGGCACACGCUGAUUGACUACGACAAGUUCUUCCAGCUGCUGGAGGAGAAGGGUCCUGACGGGGACUUCAGUCCCGAGGACUACAUGGGGCCUCCAACCCCUGAGUGGGCGACUUGGGGCAACGGCGGAUUUGAUCCCAGAGACCAGAGGGUGGAUAAGAAAGGGCGUCCCAUCGAGGCGAAUUAGAUUAUGGCUAGGAGCAGUCCAGGGAGAUGGAAACAAUCUCUAUGAUAAGAUCCUCACACGCGCCGUCCGUGAAUCCCUCCCUCGAUUCUAGACUAGGUCAUAAAGCCAACAAGCAAGCCCCGACCCGUGCUGCUUCCCGCGCAUAUAUAUGUGUACAAUAUCAUUCAUCCUCUUACAACUCGACUUUUCGGCUCUCCUGUGACUUCGUAGUCCAGGCGACCGUGUCGUAUCG